AUGGCCCUGGAGCAGGCGCUGCAGGCGGCGCGGCAGGGCGAGCUGGACGUGCUGAAGGCCCUGCACGCCGCCGGCCGCCUGGGGCCCUCGCUGCGGGACCCGCUGGACGCCCUGCCCGUGCACCACGCGGCCCGCGCCGGCAAGCUGCACUGCCUGCGCUUCCUGGUGGAGGAGGCCGCCCUGCCCGCCGCGGCCCGCGCGCGGAACGGCGCCACCCCGGCCCACGACGCCGCCGCCACCGGCCACCUCGCCUGCCUGCAGUGGCUGCUCUCGCAGGGCGGCUGCAGGGUGCAGGACAAAGACAAUUCUGGUGCCACAGUCCUGCACCUGGCUGCCCGCUUCGGCCACCCCGAGGUGGUGGACUGGCUGCUGCGUCACGGCGGUGGGGACCCCGCCGCAGCCACAGACACCGGCGCCCUGCCCGUCCACUACGCCGCCGCCAAAGGAGACUUCCCCUCCCUGAGGCUUCUCAUCGGGCACUACCCUGAGGGAGUGAAUGCCCAAACCAAGAACGGUGCCACGCCCCUGUACCUGGCGUGCCAGGAGGGCCACCUGGAGGUAACGCAGUACCUGGUGCAGGAGUGCGGCGCGGACCCGCACACGAGCGCCCACGACGGCAUGACCCCGCUGCACGCGGCGGCACAGAUGGGCCACAGCCCGGUCAUCGUGUGGCUGGUGAGCUGCACCGACGUGAGCCUGUCGGAGCCGGACAAGGACGGCGCCACGGCCAUGCACUUCGCGGCGAGCCGCGGCCACGCCAAGGUGCUCAGCUGGCUCCUGCUGCACGGCGGCGAGAUCUCGGCCGACCUGUGGGGCGGGACCCCGCUGCACGACGCCGCCGAGAACGGGGAGCUGGAGUGCUGCCAGAUCCUGGUGGUGAACGGCGCGGAGCUGGACGUCCGCGACCGCGACGGAUACACGCCCGCUGACCUCUCCGACUACAAUGGCCACAGCCACUGCACCCGCUACCUGCGCACCGUGGAGAACCUGAGUGUGGAGCACCGCGUGCUGUCCCGGGACCCCUCCGCCGAGCUGGAGGCCAAGCAGCCCGACUCGGGCAUGUCCUCGCCCAACACCACCGCGUCGGUCCAGCCGUUGAACUUCGACCUCAGCUCGCCCACCAGCACCCUCUCCAACUACGACUCCUGCUCAUCCAGCCAGUCCAGCAUCAAGGGCCGGCGCCCCCCGCGCGGGCUCCCCAGAGGCAGAGCUGCGGAGAUACAGAGCUACAUGGACAUGCUGAGCCCGGAGCUGACCCUGGCCCAGGACAAGAUGGAGAAGACGGCAGCACCACCGCCACCCAGCUUCCCGCCGCCACCCCCACCCCCGGGCGCCCAGCUGCCCCCUCCCCCACCCGGCUACCCAGCCCCCAAGCCCCCCGCAGGGCUGCAGGCCGCUGACAUCUACAUGCAGACCAAGAGCAAGCUCCGCCACGUGGAGACCACGGGCUUCCGAAAGGAGCUGGGCUCCCGCGCCGGCCACAACGGGCUGCGGAGGCAGGACUCCGGCCGCAAGCCCCGCGCCUUCAGCAAGCAGCCCAGCACGGGGGACUACUACCGCCAGCUGGGCCGCUGCCCCCGCGAGCCGGCCGCACGCCCGGGCAUGGCGCACAGCGAGGAGGCGGCGCUGCUCCCCGGGAGUCACGUGCACAACGGCUGCGCGGCGGAGCCCAAGCCGUCCAGGGAGCUGCCGCCGCCGCCGCCCCCGCCGCCGCCGCCGCUGCCCGAGGGCCUGAGCUCGCCGCCGCCCGCUCCGCCCCUGCCCUUCGAGGGCGCCGGCCCCGGCUGCGGGCAGCGCCGCUCCUCCUCUUCCACCGGCAAAGUGAGAGUCCUGAGGCACAGGAAGAGCACCAAGUCUUUCAACAUGAUGACCCCGACCGGUGACAACGCCGAGCUGCUGGCUGAGAUCAAGGCUGGCAAGAGUCUGAAGCCCACGCCGCAGAGCAAGGGGCUGACCACCGUGUUCUCCGGCAGCGGGCAGCCGGCUUCCCAGCCUGACGCGCAGCUGCCGCCAGUGUCACCUGCACCGUCCCGGCCCCGGAGCCCCACCCCGCCGGCCGCAGGGCCCCAGCCGCUGCUCAAUGGCAGCUUGGCGCCGGCGCCGCCCGCCACCCCCGCGCCAGGGGUGCAGCUCGACGUGGAAGCGCUCAUCCCCACGCACGACGAGCAGGGCCGGCCCAUCCCCGAGUGGAAGCGCCAGGUGAUGGUCCGCAAGAUGCAGCUGAAGAUGCAAGAGGAGGAGGAGCAGAGGCGGAAGGAGGAGGAGGAGGAGGCCCGGCUGGCCAACAUGCCUGCCUGGAGGCGGGACCUUCUUCGGAAGAAGCUAGAAGAGGAGAGAAAAGAGGAGGAGCGACAGAAGCAGGAGGAGCUGCAGCGGGAAAAGGAACAGUCGGAGAAGCUGCGGACGCUGGGCUACGACGAGACCAAGCUGGCGCCCUGGCAGCGACAGAUCAUCCUGAAGAAGGGGGACAUCGCUAAGUACUAGCUGCUGCUCCUCCCGCUCCUGGGAGCUGGGGGCGGGGUGGGCGCGGAGGAGGCGGCCCCUGCCCCAGCCUCCCCAGCCCGGAUGGACCCGCUGGGAGCCAUGCCACCCCCUCCUCCGGCUCGGCACCCCCUCCCCUGACCCCCGCCCUCGCAUCCCCAGCCCCGGAAGAUGCAGGAGCGCGCCCGCCCGCCACAGUCGCCCAGAAAAAGUGCCCAAGUUGUUGACGCAAAAGAUGCUGCUUCUUUGCAUGGCUAUUUACAUAUAUUUGCAUGUUCGUUGAAUGUCAACGUGUGCAGAGCUCUUCCCAGCCCCGUGGGUGGUGACUUCGUUUUCCUGCGGGACCCGUACCGGCUGCAGCCCCCUCCCCCGCACCCCGGAACCCGCGUCGCCGGCACAUCCUGGGCGGAGGCCGACCGGGCUCGGGAAGGGAAGGGGUUUUCCUGCCACCCUGACCUAGAUCUGCGCCCGGCCCGCCGGGGCCCGUUUCCCAUCCCCGCCGAGGGCUUCCUCUCAGUCAUUUGUUUACCAGAAACGAUAAAAACUGCCCGUCCCGGCGGAGCUGCCGCUCCCGGGCCCGCCUGCCUCCUGUGAAGCCCGCGCCUCCCCCGCCAGCCCCCAGGCCCUCGCCCCCUUCGCUGCAGUGGUGGGGUGCCUGGAGGACGAGGGGCCCUGAACCCGCCUCUGCCUGCUGCCUCCCGGCCCCGCGCCCCCGCCGGCUCGCACCCCCAUUAAAGCUCUCAGA